ACGCCACAGGCAUGGUUGUUGCAUUCUUAUUUCAAGUGAUAAUUUUUCCCUUUCUUUUCAAAUUCAAUAGUCCACCCAAUCUGGUCGCCACAAAUCAGUCUAAUUUUUCCAUUUCUGCAAUUUUAACGUGUUUCUGUGAAGUCCAUAUUUAAGUCACAUUUAAAAUGUCUCCAAGCGAAGUAAAUCAAAAUACCACUCUCAACGCGUUAACGCAAAUGGAGUCGAUUGAUCGAAUUGCACACAUUCCCGCCAUUGAACAGACGGUGCAGGUCGCUACGACUAUCUACGAGAAAGUGAAGGAUUACAACAACGUCACCAACUGGACCUUUUCAACGGCCGAAUCCACAGUACAAAAGGCGAUAGAAAUCAGUACGCCGGUUGUGAAUCAAUUUGAAGGUCCCAUUAAGAAAAUGGACGGUUUACUUUGCUCCGGACUCGAUUACGUUGAAGAAAAGAUACCGGCGGUUAAGCUUCCUCCAGGCGAGGUAUUAUUUCAGAUGUACACCUCCACAAAGGGUUACGUCAAUGAUAAACUGCAACCUGCCAUCCAAACGGCACGGGACGUCAUGGAACCAGCCGUACACGUCGCCUUACAAGUCAUGGAACCGGCAGUGAAGCUGGCCGAGCCCUUCGUACAGCCCGCUAUGGAGACGGCUUGCGCCUUAAAACACAGAGUUGAGGAAAUGCUUCAUAUAAAGUCAUCAGAACCACAACGAAAAGAAGAAAAAUCACUCGAAUGCGACGAGUGCUUGGAGCACCAGGAGCAGUCCAUUCAUUCCUCAUAAAUAAUCAUUAUCUCGUCGCAUCCUCACUAUUUAUCAUUAUUUAUAAUUAUUGUUAUUGUAUUUUGUUAGUACUGUCAUGAGACUGUUUAGGUACUUUUAUAUUAUUAUGUUAAUAUUUUAUGUAUCGUAGUUUUCUACUGAAUGAAGAAUAUUGAAGUAAUUUUUAUAUGAUGUACUCUAGCAUCGUGUAAUUAAUUCUUUCAAAUAUAUACCAUGUAACUUAUAA